AUGAGCUUCCUUUCCAAGCUCGUGACCCUGUUCGGUCUAGUGCUGCUCACACACGCAGGCUACUCCGCCCACGAACACACCGUCCUCUUUAACAACACGCGCCUCGCCCUCCCCCACGAUAUCAUCGUCGAGACCUUGGUCGCGGUCGUCAUCGUCUCCAUCGGACUGGUUCUGGGUGCGGAGAAAUUGAAGCCAAUCAGCUGGCGUGAUUGGGCUGGCCAGAUUGAGCGGGAUGGCGGUGCCCGAAACCCCUACCUCGGCCUUGAGGAGAGAUAUGGCUUCUGGGAUAUCCGGGCCAAGCGAAAGGAGUUUGGGGAUUGGAUGCGAGGCCAGGAUCUGCCAGCUAAGCAGUAA